AUGAAGGAGGAAGAUAAUAUGGAGCAACAAAGGGAUAACAUAUUCUAUACUAGCUGCCAUGUGCAAGGUAAGACAUAUAAUGUCAUUAUUGAUAGUGGUAGUUGUACAAACGUUGCUAGCACUUUAAUGGUAGAGAAAUUAGGGUUAAAUCUCAUUCCACAUCCAAAACCUUAUAAGUUAUUAUGGUUAAACAAUUAUGGUGAAAUAAAAGUGAAUAAGCAAGUUAUUAUGACUUUCACUAUUGGGAGGUAUUCAGAUGAAGUGCUAUGUGAUGUAGUGCCAAUGCAUGCUAGCCAUAUCUUGCUUGGUAGGCCAUGGCAAUUUGAUAGAAGGGCUGUCCAUGAUGGAUUCCUUAAUAGGUACUCUUUUGUAAAAGAUGGGAGAAAAGUCACACUUACUCCUCUUUCUCCAAAAGAAGUGUAUAAUCACCAAUGUAAAUUGGAGAGGAAAAGGAGUGAGGCUGAAAGUAGCAAAAUUAAGGGAGAAAAAUCAAGGAGCAUUAAAGAUACAAAAGAGAGUGAGGUUCGGCCUAGAGAGAAAAAUAAGAGAAAUGGGAGCUUUUUGGCUAGGGAAAGUGAGGUAAGACAUGCAUUUCACUCAAGUAAAUUGUUGUUUAUACUUACUUAUAAAGAUGUUUACUUGAACACUACUGAACUUGGUCUUUCCUUACUAAGUGCAUUUACUAACCUUUUGCAAGAAUUUGUUGAUGUCUUUGCCGAGGAGAUACCAAGUGGUUUACCACCAUAA